GAGCGCAGCGCACCUCAUUCUGUCUCACCUGGAUCCCGCGAGCGGCUGGUUGUAGGAGCUUACAGGUGAUCCGCCAUGCUGAAGAAGAAGAGCAAGUCCUCGGCGGUCACGCCGCCCAAACCCACUGCCGCCCCCACGGAGCUGAGCGUUCUGGUCGAGAAGCUGCAGAAGAACGCCGACAAAGUGGAGAGGAACAUCAUGGAGAUCGAGCAGAACCUGAACAAGGACGUGUGUAAGAUCAACGAAGGCAAACAGCCGCUGUACCAGGACGACACCAACAAGAGGAUCCUCAACUCCCUGGAGCUGCUGGACGCCCUGGAUGAGGACGCCGUGAACACCAAGCGCCUCCUCCACCCGCAGGCUGAGAUGAUCCAGCAGGACAUGAAGCAGCUGCGUGAGAGGGUGAUGAAGCUGAAGGAGGACCACUACCACAUUUACCAGCUGAUCCGCUCAGAGGGGGUGCCCACCAUCAACUGGGGAAACAUGAUGGAUGAGAAGCUGGAAAAACUGGACUCUAAAGGCUUUGGCCAGGACCUGCCAACUGUGGAGGCCGAGGUGGUGGAGCAUAACAUCUUCCAUGGGGAGGUGGAGGCUCUGGCCCCUCACAUCUCUGCCAGCGGAGACAAGGAAUAUGUCAGCAGUCUGCAGAUGAAGUACAACAAGCUGCUGACCAGCUCCAGCGCUCGCCAGCGAGACCUGCUGAGUCUGCGCGACUACAUGCUGCGCUGCACCAACGAGCUGUACUGGAUGGACCAGCAGGCGGAGGAGAGGAUCAACUAUGACUGGAGCGACCUCAACCUGGACUACCCAGCCCGCAAGAGGCACUAUGAGAACUUCAUCAGCAGAUGUUUGGAGUCUAAAGAAAUCGGUAUAACGGCUCUGAACAAUGAUGGAGAAAAGCUGAUUAGUGACCAGCAUCCAGGGAAGGCUGUCAUUGAGGCUCAUAUGGAAGCAGUUCAUGCUGACUGGAAGGAGUACCUAAACCUGCUUAUUUGUGAAGAAAACCACCUGAAGCACAUGGACGAAUACCACCAGUUCAACAAGGAGGCACGUGACACCCAGGACCUACUGAAACGGCUGGAAACCGAGAUCAGCCAGAAGUACAACCCCGAAUUUAAGGAUGUUUAUCAGAUGGAAGGCCUCAUCAGUGAGCUGGACGAUCAAGCUAAGGCAAUGGACCAUCUGGAUGAACGGGUCAAGGCUCUGCAGAAGCGAAGCCUGCAGGUUCUCCCUCUGAGGUACCGCAGGGAAACGCUCCAGAAGCUGCUGCCCAUUGAAGCUCUGUGCGAGUAUGACACCGACGAGGGCCAGAUCCAGCGUGGGGAGAGGUACACUCUUCUGAGGAACAACGGCACACGGUGGGACGUGAAGGAUGCAGCUGGACGUAAACUGACCGCCCCUGCAGUCUGCUUUUUGAUCCCUCCCACCGACCCGGAGGCUGUGGCUGUGUCUGACAAACUGGUCAGCCAGCAGAAGGCUGUCAAGCAGAAAACAGCCAGCUGCAAAGCGUCUCUGCAGAAGCGCUUUAAUGAGCUGCAGAAGGAGAUUGGAGCUGGGACAGACAAGGAGGAGCAGCAGUGCCGCCAGCUGAUGGCCGGUUUGGAUAAAGUCGUCACCGACUUAGACAAACAGGAAAAAGCUAUUUAUGCACGAGUGCGCCCACCGCUGGAACAAAGCCGGCCACUGCAAGACGGCGCUGACCGCCUGCAGGACAUGAAGGACAUCUCUGCAGCUGUUGACAAGAUUAAACCAGAAAAGUCCUCCAAGGUGGAAGAGGCCAGACGCUUCCUGGUCUCUAAUUCCAAGUGUGCCAGUGCCCCUCAGCUCCACAGCAAGGCGGAUGAGACGGAGAAGAAGUGUGCCAAGGUGGAGCAGCUUCUACAGUGCUCCCAGGAGAAGCUAAAAAAUUCCCACCAGCUGGAGAUGUCUAUUCAAAAUGGAAAAGCUUUAAUAUCCACAUAUGAGAACAAACUGGCCAGGGAGGAAGUUGCCCCACGGGACAUGUCCUCAUUGGAAAAAACUCAGCGAGAACUUGCUAGUAUGGCUUCAGAUCUGAGGUCCAAGAGCUCAGUGAUGGCGGAGUUGGAAGAAAACCUGCGUUCAGCCAGAAACAGUUGCAACAACAUGACCUCCAGGUUUCAUGAGCACUGUCCAGACAUUGAACGACAGGAAGCGGAUGUGCAGAAACUCAACAAGCGUUUCAACAACCUCAACAGGCAGAUCGAUGCCAGGUCCCAGAGCUUGCAGAGAGCCAAAAUGGCAUACAACAACUACCAGAACGACUACGACAACUUGAACAGCUGGCUGUCUCGUGUCCCAAACUAUGAGCCCAGAGAAACUGAUGAUCUCAGACAGGUGGAGACUAAGCUGAAGAACCAGAGGAACUUGCUCUCUGACAUCACAAGGAAGGAGUCAGACUUGAACAACGUCUCCAAAAAUGCCAAGCUGUACCAACAGGCUGUGAAGGACUAUGAGGCUGAAACAGAGAAGUUCAAGUCAGUCUUGGAUCUUGAGGAUGGUCUUGUACCUCAGAGCUACAAGAGAAGCAGACUGGAAUCACCUGCAGUGAAAGUCAAAGAAGAUGAAGCUGAAAUUGAGUCCAAGUUCACAGAAGUGAACGCCGUAAACAAGCAGAGGCUCCAGAAUCUUGAAUUUGCACAAAGCCUUUUAAAACAGCAACCCGAGGUCCCUAUGAUCCAGUCUACAAAUGUGCAGUCUGUCCAUGCCGCUCCUCCAGGGGAGGAGCCUUGGAGAAUCAGGAAGCAGCUGGAAGAUGAGACUCAGAGGAGAGAACAACUUGAGAAGGAAAUCAAGAGCAUCCAGACCAACAUUUAUGAACUGGAAGGACAAAAGCCCCAGGACACCAUCGUGAAGAAGGAACUAAUCAAAAAUGUUCCAGACCCACAGCUGGAGGAAGAGGUUCAUAAGGUCCAGCAGAAGCUGUCAGAGGAGCGCCGCAACACCCAUGUCCUGGAAAACGACUUGGAGGUGCUGAGGCUUAAGUUGCGUGGCCUGGAGACCGAGCUCAAAGAGGGGGCGCAGCAGUACACUGUAAAGGAGGUGCUACGUAUCGAGAGGGACAGGGGGCAGGAAGAGGAGGUCCGCAAACUUCGCGAUGAGCUGGAAGAGCUUAGAAGGCAGAAGAUGAUGAAAGACAAUGAGCUGACUCAGAUAAAAAAGCAAGUGACCCUCCUGGCUGAGGAGAAAAACAAAGAACAGGAGGUGAUCACCGAGGAGCAAGUGAUCAAAGUUCAGAAUGACCCCCAGCUUCAGUCUGAGUACCGGCUCCUGCUUGAAAGGAAGCAAAAAGAGACGGAUAGUAGAAAAGAGCUGGAAGACGAACUGAAGUUUCUCCAGGAGAAGCUCCGAAGGCUGGAGAAGGAGAAGGCCAUGGCAGAGGAGAAGAUUUCCAUCAAGGAGGUGCUUAAAGUAGAGAAAGAUAUGGCUCUGGAAAGGGAGGUAGAAAACCUCCGGAGACAGUAUGAGGAUGAGAAGUCCAAACGCAGAUCCUCUCAGCGGGAAAAGUCUGACCUCCAGAGAAAAAUUACAAGCCUGGAGGAGGAGAAGAACAGGGUUGUGGUCCAGGAAAAAGUUAGGGAGAUUGUCCGUCCCGAUCCAAAGGCGGAGAGUGAGGUCGCCAAUCUCCGUCUUGAGCUUGUAGAACAACAGAGGCGCUUCAAGGAUGCAGAACUUCAGUUGAAGUCUCUGCAGGAUGAACUGACCAUGCUGAGGAACCGAGGACCUCAGGUGGAGGUCAAAGAGAUGAUCAAAGAAGUCAUCAAGUACAAAACAGACCCACAGACCGAGAAAGAGCUGGAAGGUCUUCGUGAAGAGAUCGUUGAUAAAACACACCAAAUUGAGAAAUCAGAGAUGGAAAUCCGCCAACUUCGUGACGAAAUUCAACGAUGGAAGGAGACAAAGCCUCAGGUCCAAACUAAAGAGGUGGUCAAUGAAGUGCUGCAGUACAGAGAGGAUCCCAAGACCAUGGAAGAGAUUGAGAUUCUAAAAAGAAAGCUGGCUGAUGAGCAAAAGAAACGCCUUGAUCUGGAGAGAGAAAAGUCUGCCCAGGAGGAAAAGAUCAGGCUAAAGAAGUUGGAUCUGUCUCAGGUCAGAGAGAAGAUUGUUGAGGAAAUAGUGGUCGAGAUGGUAGAAGAUCCUAUCCUCAAAUCAGAAUGUGAGAACUACGUCCAGACCAUCAACAAGGAGCAAGAACUGAAGGAGAGCUUAAAAGCAGAACUCUCAAGGCUGCAACGACAGAUCGCUGACUUAGACCUACAGUUGGAAGAACUGGAGCGGGAGCGAAAGGCAAGACGUGAGGCGGAACUGGAGAUUCAGAGGCUUCGGAUCAGGCUGAAUGAGCUGGAAAUCCGGGACAAAGAAAAUCGCGAGAAGGUGACAGUCAAGCAAAAAGUGGUGCUGCAGCAGGAUCCCCAGCAGGAGAAGGAACACUCUAUCCUGAAGCUCCAGCUCGAUGAAGAGCGGCACAAGCGUACCUUGCUGGAGAAGAGGCUGGACGCCCUCAAGCAGCAGCAGCUAACCUUGGAAAGAAUGGACGUGAAGGAAAGAGUCGUCCGCACUGAGAAGGUCCAAGUUGAAAGGGACCCAGAAGCCGAGAUGGAGAUUGAUGACCUCCGGAGAACUUUAGACGAAGAAAAAAGGAGAAGGCGUGACCUUGAUCAAGAGCUCGCCAGCCUUACUUCCAGGCUCUCAGAUAUGGAGUUUCAUCAAACUAAGUCUACCAAAGAACUGGACUACAUCAGAGACGAGAGCAACCGUCUGCAGCAGGAAAACCAGAGGCUGCAGAAUGAGAUCCGCAGACUUCGGUCCGAGAUUGACAUUACUAGCAACGAGACAAAGCUUAUCACCGAGUCUGCACCAAGGGAUGACGGGAAGAACUUGGAGAUGAGACUUGAUGCUUUGCAGAAAGAGCUUGCAGAGCUCAAACGCAUAACAGUCCAGAAGGAUGAAGAGAUUGAAAAGCUGCAGAAGAAUCUUGGGUCAGUUAGUAUCAAGAGGGAACAAAGAGAGAGCCACCUUCGGCGCUCUAUCGUCAUCAUCGAUCCAGACUCAGGCAAAGAGAUGCGACCGGAGGAGGCCUACAAACUGGGCCUGAUCGACUGGAAGAUGUUUGUGAACCUGCAGGGUCAGGAGUGUGACUGGGAGGAGAUCUCGGUCAAAAGUCCUUCAGGGGAGUCCACCGUGCUCCACGACAGGAAGUCUGGAAAGAAGUUCUCCAUCGACGAUGCGCUGCGAGCUGGCCGCAUCACUGAUAGGCAUCUUCAGCAGUACAACAACAAGGAAAUCUCCAUUCAGGAGUUUGGCUUGAUGGUAUCAGGCAAGACCAAGUGAGCAGGUCAAGAUAAGGGUUUGGGGUUCAAUGCUCAGAUUCCUGUUUCAGCUUUGGUUAAAGAAAUCCUUUUUAUAGUUUGCUCUCAACACUGUGGGAACUGGGCCUUUAGCUGUUUGUUUUUUAAUCCAUUUAAUUAUAAUGGGCUUCUCGUCUCCUCUGUGUCCGCUGUGCAAAGAUUGAAACUCCUGCCCUAACAUAAUCCACUCUGAGCCUGUACUGGGGUUAAUGACCUAUGACCUAGCUACUAUUACUGCUUUACGGGGUUGAACUUAUACAUUCUGGAAAUCAAGCUGUGAAAGCUGAAAUUAAAGAUGAAUCAAACUGGGAAUCCU